CUGACACCUCCCUCCCAGCACAAAGGUCCCAAACAAACGUCUGAGUGUGGGGAAGACACUAGGCCUCCUUUCUCCCGGACCAGCAGCCCCUGAGCAUUCCCUACCCUAGCAGCCCUGCCCUGGGGGUAAAUGAGCUCUUUGUAUUGGAACGGAUUGUGGAAUGGAGUUUGGGGGAGCCCCACAGUAACCUGUAUGGUUUAACUGUCCAACUUCCUGGUUAUCAAACUAUAAUGGCAGCCACCUUCCUCCAAUGAGAGGCCAUCAGAGUGCCAGUGACAUCACUGAGUCUGUCAGGAACAGGAUAAGAAAUGGCUGAGGGACAGAGCGAGGUGGAACAGGCCAUCGUGACCAUAGUUGCCUCCUUCUAUAAACACGCGGGGGAAGAGGGCAAAGGAGAGACACUCACCUCCGAGGAGUUCAACAAACUGUUAAAUGAGGAGCUUCCUCAACUCUCACAGGAUGUGCCCCUAGAGGACAGGCUGAAGGAGCUGGACAUUAACAAGGACAACGAGCUGAAUUUUGCAGAGUACUGGAAGCUGAUUGGAGAACUGGCCAAGGCAAAACAGAAAGAGCUGAAAGACAAGAAGAAGAAAUGAGCUGGUUCCAGAGAGAGAGGAGACUGGGCCGGGGGGGUGGGGGGUAAAUAAGUGACUGUUCUAUUGAAUAAAAACAAAGCAAAACGA